ACCGAAAUGGAAUCGUCUGAAACGCCUCGGUCACGUGGCGAUCGCGCAGGCGGGCUUCCUCAGAUCGAAGCCUCCCGCCUGCACGCGGAAGUCACCGAGUCGCUUCGGACCACCGUUUAUUUCACCCCAAAGCCAGACGGCCAGGCCACCCCCCGCCUCCGUCCUGGCUCGUCCUCCUCCUCCGCGACAGACUAUUUCUCCUCCAAGCGGCGCAACAGCAUCAGGCAGCAGCACGACCGCCCCGACUCCCCCGUGCGCACCCCCCGCCCCGCCGACUUCAUCGGCUCGCCCACCCUGCGCACCCCGGCGCUGGGGCAUGCACAAAUUGCUGGUAUGCCACCAGGCUCUCUCGGACGACCGGGAUUGUACCACCUCGGCUCACGGAGUAUGGUCGACCUCUCCUUGUCGAAGAAAGGCAAGGAGACCACCACGUCGCCAUCGAUCACGGCCGACCCUGUUGCUGGGAGGCGCAAGAGCAAACCGCUGCCAGGUGCGCCGACAAUACAUGAGGACGAGCAUAGCACGCCCAAGCCCCCGAGUGUCCCGCAAGACAUCUUCCCAUCGACGCCGACGCUGCGCAGGCAGCGGUCGAUGCCAACAUACAAAGUAUCGUCCGAUCCACCACCGUAUCCAUCCUUCCAUCCUCGUUGGGCUGGUCCUAUGGUGCUGCCGAGAGAUGAGGAGGGGAUGGAGCGCCUACCUCCGUACUCGAACGCUGUCUACCUCGCGGCCGUCAUACCCCGCAAGGUGGAGUUCACCUCGCCUGGCGUUCAGGCGAAGGAUCGCAAGUGGCGGCGAGUGCUUUGCGUGCUCGAGGGGACCGCGUUCCGCGUGUACAAGUGCCCGCCUAGCAUCGCGGGCGUCAGCGCGAUCGAGUCGUGGUGGGAGAAGAAGGUCGGCGUAGGCGACAUCACUGUCGUGAACACCGGUGCGGUGACACAGUCGGGGAUCAGGGUGAGUGCGGUGAGGGGGCGUGCAGACAGUGAGAGAGCGGGAAAAGAGGAUACGGACCCGGCGAGCCCAGAUCCUAACACACGGGAGAGCGAGCCGCCACCGGCACAACAAGCACUUCCACCGUCGCGGUCAAAACUUCGUCUUCCGGGCAGCUUGUUGCACCCCAACCGGUCGAAUACCUCAAGGACGAACUCGACACCGAGCCGUCUGAGCGUGUCUAGCAGCCAGUCUAGCAACUCGAGCCAGUUACAGACACGGCGGAGCACGGACCCCUCACAAGACGACCAUUCGUCGAUAUCUGUGGUUGCGCGCGCGUCAAGCGACGCACUUUCGUCGCGGCGGACGAGCUACGUAUCAUCGAACGCGCCGUCGCCUCGGAGCGCGACGUUCACUCGGCCCACGGCGGGCUCGCCGCCCGCGAGCGACAGCACGUCGUCCUUCUUCCGGUCGCGCAUACUGCACACCUCGCCGCCCGACGCGGGGCCGAAGCAGCCGCCGGAGCCGAACCCGAAGGACCUGAUCCGGGCGUACACGCUGCAGAACGCGGAGAGCGGAUUGGCGAGCGACUACGGGAAGCGCAAGAACGUGAUCCGGGUGCGGAUGGAGGGCGAGCAGUUCUUGCUGCAGGCGCCGGAUGUGGCGGCGGUGAUCGAUUGGAUCGAGGGUAUCCAGGCUGCGACGAACAUUGCGCUUGAUCUGGAUGAGCGGCCGAUGCCUAAGGGCCCGAUGUUCCCAAGACGACGCAGAAGGAGACCACGCCCUCAAGGUGUCGCGGGCUCUACAGCCACUGCCACCGCGAAUGCAUAGUCAAGGGGUCGUUUGCAUAACUUUGCAUCAGUGUCGUUGUCCCAUGUUCUGUGUCUGCUCUAUCUGCGCUCGUGUGCUCGCCCAUAUUAGAACAGAACAUUCUGCGAAACCUAUCCAGGUUCCCAUCCAUCCUCCACCCGCAUACCCUGCAUCGCUAGUCUUGCGUCUCGUGACGACUGCGCACGUUUUUUGUUCCUUUGGAUACAUUCUCUUUUCAUUACUACGACUGGAUGUGUGAGAUAGCAGUUACUGUACUAUACUGGUGUGCAAAUAAUGCCUCUCCCUUCAAACGGGCGGGGUUCUGUAGUUUC